CUCAAAAACCAUAACUUUCAAUUGCAUUUCCCGAACAUUUUAAAGAUUUUCUCUCUAAUUUUCAAUAAACAUCAAUAAAACAAUGAAUAAACAAAAGCCUCCAAAACGUACACUCGCCUACUUCACCACCCCAUUUGGCCGAAAACUAGUUUUCUUUGCUGCCGGUACAACUACAGUCGGUCUGUUCCUCGGGAACUUUUUACCACACACAUUCUUAUUGAACAAAUAUCAGGAAUUUGUUCAAUGUUACAAAGAUGGCAUAGUCCGUCGUGUUCCCGAUGUCAUCGAAGCACGACUCGAAAAAGCAAUGAACAUUCUUGAUGUUGCACCUUACGAACGAAGAAUUCUAAAGCCAUUUGUUGUCUAUGGAUUUGAUAUGUUCACAGCAGGAUCAACAAAAUCCAAAUACGGUGGCUUGAUUGGCAUCCCAACAAACUACUCGUACACUUCCAUCGACACCAUCGAUCGAAGUGAGAUUCGUUUCCGUAACGAACAAAUCAAAUGGGGCUCGGAAAGUGGCCAAAUGUUGCAAGAAGCACUUGUUCUCACAGAGGACGAACAAAUAUUUGGAAUGUGCAAGGCUAUUCUGCAAUUACAAACCCAAAGGGUUAUGUUGAAUGCGGUCUUUCCAAGUGUCUCUUUCAUGGCUGUAUACAGUGUGGGAAACUACCUUAAUCACAAGUUGAACUUGUUGGCAAAACCACUUUCGCUUCGUUUAAUGAUGUACACGUUCUUGGGACUCUUUGGUGUCGGAAGUUGGUCAUUCAUGAAGGAUUACAACCAAGUUCUCUACGACACAUCUUCCGACAAGAAAUUGAGUGCCUUGGGACCUGAAUUUGUCGAUGCUGGAGUUCGUUACUAUGACAAACUUUUGAAGAAGAAUAUGGCCUUGAGGGCGCUAAUUGGUGACGACACCUACACAUCAAAGGGAAAUGAGAAUUUCUACUUGCGACAAAAGAGUCUGCCUUUGACAAUUCACAAAGCAUUCUUUGAGGAAGAAUGGAAAAAACUGAAAGGAGAAAAACAAGAACAAGUUGCACAGUAAUUUUGUUGUUGUUAGUCUUUUUUUAUUAGGAAUUAAAUAAAAUAAAAAUGUUAG